AAUACAACCCUGCCCACUCUGUCCACGUCUCACAUAUACGCUCGCUGUGGACGUCCGAGGCACCAAACACUCCUUUGCCGUACGAUCUUCUGUGGACAAUCUCGAGAGCGAGCCUUCUCCCGACGACGACCCAGCCUUGCUCGGGCCAGCCUCAAUACACCCCAAAGAGCACCCACAGCAACCAAUCGGCACUGACGACGCAGUCUGCUCACCAUGACGGCCAUUCCGCCGUUCAUCGUGGCGCCCAUGCUGGACUUUGUCCGGGCGGAGCUGAUUGUCAACUGCCUCGUGGUCUUUGUGAUGCUGAGCGUGGUCGGCCUUCGGACCUACGCCAGGAUCAACGGCGCGGGGAUCGGCCUUGAUGACAUCCUUAUCCUACUUGCCGCUCCGCUUGGUGUUGGAAUGCUCGUCUGCCAGGGUUUCCUCAGCAUGGUCGGGACAGGCUACGAGUUGAAGGACAAUAUGCAGUUCGCUGUCAAUGCGCCCUUCAUCUUCUUCAUGGCGUUUUGCAUGGAAGUCAUCUACGUGCCGUGCCUGGCACUAUCCAAGGCUAGCAUGCUCCUCUUCUACCGCCGCGUCUUCUCCACGCCCGGCAUGCAGAGGGCAGUCGACAUUGCCCUGGGACUCGUGGUUGUCUGGACCAUCGCCUUUGAGUGCGCCUGCAUCUUCCUGUGCAACCCCGUCUCGUUCUUCUGGAACCGGUUCGGCGAAGGCCAGUGCGGCGACUUCCUGGCCAUGAUUUGCACCCUCAUUGCGACCAACGCGCUCGGGGACCUGAUCGUCAUGAUCAUGCCAAUGCGCACUGUCUGGUCGCUGCAGAUGAAGAAGACCGAGAAGAUUGGCAUCAUGUCUAGUUUCGCGCUGGGCCUUGCCUGCAUCGUCAUCGCCAUCUUUCGCGUCAUCUACUUGAUCAAGGUCGACAUGGCCAGCAACGUCACCGGCACAAUGGCCACGACAGUCCUUCUCUUCACCCUCGAGCCGAACCUCGCCAUCCUGUCCGUCAGCAUCCCGAUGCUUCGGCCCCUGAUCACGAGCUACCGCAAGCGCAACCAAUCGUCCCGCCUGUACGACGAUAAGCUCAGCUCCGCGUCCGGAAACGGAUUGCGCACCAUCGGCGGCGGCGGCGGCGGUGGCGCUGGCUCACAAGGUCACCGCAGCAAGUUCAGCAAGGCCGAUCCACUCGAGGAGACGGUGUGGGAGAUGGAGCGGUACCGGCCCGCGAACGAGACCACGAUCGGCGGCACCAGCAGCCCCGUUCUCAACAUCAACGAGACCUCGACGCUCCAUCUCAGUGACGACGACUCGGGCAGCGCCAAGUCGCUCACCAAGAAGCAGCACCAAUAUCUCCCGCCCAUGCCCGCGUCUCCGGCGAUGCCACUGCCGUCGAACAACGUGAUCGGCGUCAAGACGACCUGGACAGUCACGCACGGCUCGACAUAG